AUGAGUAGCAUGCAACAAAGAGAUAAUUCUUAGUUAAGAGUUCUUUUAACAGGUGCUUCAGGUUAUUUGGCUGGACAUGUUCUUAAUCAACUACUUUUAAGGGGUUACAAAGUCAGAGCAACUGUACGUUCAUUGAAGAAUCCUAAGAAAGUAGAUCAUCUUUACAACAUUAAUCCUUCUAAAAAUGCUAAUUUAGAACUUGUUGAAGCUGAUUUAACAAAUAAAGAAUGUUGGGAUGCUGCGAUGAAGGAUGUUGACUAUGUUGUUCAUACGGCUUCUCCUUUUCCAUAGCAGGUGCCUAAAAAUGAAGAUGAAGUUAUCAAACCUGCUGUUUAGGGUACUGAAAAUGUUUUCCAUGCAGCUAUAAGAAACGGAGUAAAAAAAAUUGUAAUUAACUCAUCUAUAGCUUCAGUUUUCACUGGGAAUACUCAAAAGAAUUACUUUAGCACAUCAGAUUGGUCAUAACUGGCAUCUUGUCCUCCAUAUGAAAAGUCAAAAACUUUAGCAGAAAAAAAGGCUUGGGAAAUCUAUGAGAAAAACAAGUCUAAAAUAUAAAUGACUAUUAUUCUCCCUGGGUACAUUUUGGGUCCUUCUUUCCAUGCAAAUGAUUGCGUAAGCUCUGAUUUUAUAUUGAAAGUAAUGAAAAAUGAGAUUCCAGGAAUUCCAAAAGUAAGUUUUGCCACUGUAGAUGUGAGAGAUUGCGCACUUGCUCAUGUUAUUCCUUUAGACGAAGAAAAACUUUCUUUAACUAAUGGAAAAAGAUACCUGUUAACAGAAAAUUCUUAUUGGAUGCCUGACAUUGUUGAUAUCUUGAGAGAUGAGUUUUCUAAAUAUAAAUACAAAAUAGUUUCAUUUACAAUUGAGAGCAAAUUAAUGUUUUCUAUAGCUGGAUGUGUAGAUAAAUAAGUCGGAAUCAUUAAACCUUACUUUUAAAGAAGAGUUAUUUUUGAUAAUAGCGAUACUAUCAAUGAUUUAGAAAUCCGCUUCAGACUACACAGAAACACAAUAGUUGAUUUUGCAUAUGAUAUGAUAAAAAAAGGAUAAGUUCCAAAUAAAUUGCCAAAAGAAGCUUAAGUAAGCCCUUCAAAAUAAGAUUGA